UGUUGAUUUCCCGACAGGCAUUGGAGCAGAUUUGGAAGGAACUAUGCAAUGUAGUGGGUUCUUUGUGAAAGAACAGUGGUGAGAAAAGCCACAGGAACAUCCUCCCGGGUGUCCGGAGAACAGGCCCAGCCUCAUUUGCCACAAAGGGCGGCAAGGAGAGGAAGCUGGUUGGAGCCUAUCUCUGAGGCUGGACGCUUCACACUGGGCUUGAGUCUCUUUUCCAAGGUUGCAGCCCCCAAGGAGGAUUAGCCAUUCUCUGAUGAAGCCUGGAAUGGUCCCCCCUCCACCAGGAGAGGAAAGCCAGACCAUCCUCCUCCCACCUGGCUGGCAAAGCUACUUGUCUCCUCAAGGCCGGCGUUACUAUGUCAACACGACCACCAAUGAGACCACCUGGGAACGCCCCAGCAGUUCUCCUGGGAUUUCAGCCAGCCCUGGCCCUCACAGGAGCUCUCUGCCUCCAACAGUGAAUGGAUACCACGCAUCAGGGACCCCAGCGCACCCUCCAGAGACUGCCCACAUGAGUCUCCGAAAAUCCACCGGUGAUUCCCAGAACCUGGGAUCCUCCUCACCAGGCAAAAAGCAGAGCAAGGAAAACACCAUCACAAUAAACUGCGUGACAUUCCCUCACCCAGACACAAUGCCUGAACAGCAGCUGCUGAAGCCAACAGAGUGGAGCUACUGCGACUAUUUUUGGGCAGAUAAGAAGGACCCCCAGGGCAAUGGCACUGUGGCUGGGUUUGAACUGCUGCUCCAGAAGCAACUGAAAGGCAAACAGAUGCAGAAAGAAAUGUCCGAAUUCAUCCGGGAAAGGAUAAAGAUUGAAGAAGAAUAUGCGAAGAACUUAGCUAAGCUCUCUCAGAACUCCCUGGCUGCACAGGAGGAAGGCUCCUUGGGAGAAGCGUGGGCCCAGGUGAAGAAGAGCCUUGCAGAUGAAGCAGAAGUUCACCUCAAGUUCUCUGCCAAGCUCCACAGCGAGGUAGAGAAGCCCCUGAUGAACUUCCGGGAGAACUUCAAGAAAGACAUGAAAAAGUGUGACCACCACAUCGCUGACCUCCGAAAGCAGCUUGCCAGCCGCUAUGCCUCGGUGGAGAAGGCCCGGAAAGCCCUCACUGAGCGGCAGAGAGACCUGGAGAUAAAAACCCAGCAGCUGGAGAUCAAGCUGAGCAACAAGACGGAAGAGGACAUCAAGAAGGCACGGAGGAAGUCCACACAGGCUGGAGAUGACCUCAUGCGCUGUGUGGACCUCUACAACCAGGCCCAGUCCAAGUGGUUUGAAGAGAUGGUGACCACCACAUUGGAGCUGGAGCGGCUGGAGGUGGAGAGGGUGGAGAUGAUCCGGCAGCAUCUGUGCCAGUACACACAGCUGCGGCACGAGACGGACAUGUUCAACCAAAGCACAGUCGAGCCCGUGGAUCAGCUGCUUCGAAAAGUGGACCCAGCCAAAGACAGGGAGCUAUGGGUCAGAGAGCACAAAACGGGCAACAUUCGCCCUGUGGACAUGGAGAUCUAGAUAGGUCUAGGCGGCCCCGGGGGUCCUGCCAGGAGAGGGGCUGGGGUCCCACAGAGAGGGGGUGGAGGCUCCCGCUGGGUGGAGCUGCCCUCCCACCUGCUCUCCUGGUCCACUGAGGAGAGGGGGAAAAGCUGGUGGUUCCAGAAGGGUGGGCGACCUGGACAGCCCAGCUGCGGUUUCCCCAGUAUUCCCCAACCAAAACGACAACCUUGCCUGUGUCUCUGAGCUCCCCAACUCCCAUGCUGUGCUUGUGGCUCUGAGAACAAACUGAGGCUGGAGCUUUGUGGUCCCUGCUGAACCCCAUGAAGUGACUAUGUUCCUGGAUGCUCCAAGGGGUGUCCUCCAGCUGCCCACCUUGUCUCCAAGGCUUUGGAAGACCCAGGGAGGGAGGUGUCUGUGUCCAAACCAGCAUCAGAAUAGUGUAAGAAGAUGCCAUUCAGCUCUCCACCCUCACCCAGAAUCCUUUGCAGCCCUCCCUUUCUGUUUUUUCCAGUUGCAUUCUGGGAACCCAUACCUGAAUUUCUUGACCCCUUUUCAUCCCCAGCAGGCUUGGGAAGAAGGCUUGGCUUCUGUCUUCCCAGACCAACCCUGCCUGGAGAGGUCAGGAUGGAACUACCUCAUUUGGCAAAUUAGCCCCAAGUUGGAGCAUUAAGUCAUGGCUCUUACCAGAUCAGGAAUUAUCUGUAAAAUCUCCCCAGGAAACUCCUCUCUCUUCCACCCCACUACCCCAUCCCAGUCUCAGCAGAGGAAGUUUUCCAAAGUUCUCAGCCAGCAACAUCUCAUCCAGCAGUGUGCGUGUCCACGGAAACAAGCCAGCUCAUCUCAGAAACCAGCCAGCCAUGGAGACCAGCAGGGCCUGUCUGCCCACUGCCUCUGCAUCAUUGGGCUGACCAUCCACGGGGCUGGGAAAGUCCCACACAGGAGACAGGUUGGGCCGAGUUCAGGCCAUCUCCAGAUGUUCUGUGUGCUUAUGCACAAGGGAGUUGGGUCUGCUAGCCCUUGUUCGGGGACUGAAAACUGCCAUGGCCGCAGUGAGUCAUUAACAUCCAGGCAGCAUCACAGCGCUGAGCCUCACCAGGUACCAGCACCUCCCUUCCCUCUGCCCAUCUUCCCUGGAGAAGCCUGGGCAAGUGGGACCUCAGAGUCUCAGCCCUGGCAUUGGGUCCAGUGCUUCACUUCUUCCUUCCCUCUGUGAUAAGAAGUGUGUUCUUGGCCAUGGUAAUCUAGAGAGUCUGUCAGAGCGGGACAGGUGUGGGCAACUAGAAGUCAUGUAGUGACAAGGACAGAGUCGAGCCGGGAGCCUGAGCCCUAGUUACCAGCUUCCCUCAGCUUUCCCAUCGGUGACUUUGCAUUUGACCCAUGCAUCUCCCAUGAGGGCCUGCUCUACCCAAGCCCAGGCCCUAGCACAAGUCUGAGGAAUUCUCUCUGAAGAUGGCAGUCUGCUUUCACACUGGAGCGUCCUGAUUCAUUAAAACAUGUGCCAUAGGCAAAUCAGCACUAAUUAAAGGAGAGAUGUUUGCAAAGUCGCGUGUGUGUGUGCGUGCGUGUGUGUGUGUGCAUGCAUGCACGUGCGUGUGCAUGUGUAAGAGGGUAUCAUUCUGAUGAGCACAGCUUACUGAUCUUCCAUCUCCCGUGCUAGUAACAGAUGCCUUCUAGUUCUUAGAUCUUUUGGCGCCUCUUGUAAAUUAUAUCAGAAAGAUGUCUAACAUACUAAAGCACAUGAAACUCACUUUUCUUAUUGAAGCACUCCAAGCCAAAGGCCAGCAUUAAGGUGUCCACCAGUGUAAAGGUUGGGGGCUGUCCAUGUGAGGAAGAAGCUGCAUCCACGGAGAAGAAUCUGAACUUGCUCCUUCUAGAUCUGGGCUAGGGCUACGAUACCAGCUACCAAUUUUCGGAUACUAUUUCUUGGUGUCUUUAUUAAAAACAGGUGCUAGUGGUAAUUGCUUUGUGGCUUGGUAAACUGAUCUGUGGAUGAUUUUCAAGCAUUCAAAGCCAACAGCUUUGUAAUUAA